CUCCGGGCAAUGCGGGGCGCGGGGCGGGGGGCGCAGAGAGGAGCUGGUGGGUGAUGGGAAGUGCAGUGACAGCAUAACCAUGUCUGGUAAAUAGAGCCGGUUGGUAGGACCCAUAUCACUUGCGACGGCCGGGCAGCGUUCCCCCCUCCGGCUCGGAAUGAAAACGGCUUUUCGGCAGAGAAGGGCUUUUCCGCCUCCCUGGGGCCGUGGGCUGCCGGGGUGACCCCGCUCUUAGGAGGGAGGAAGCCAAGAUCUGGGGCAGCAGCCUACUCCCCACCCCCAGUGUUUAGGUUCCAGUGUUUUCCGAAGGAGAUGGAGCCUAGGAGCUCCCUCGGAUCCUAGGGGCAAAACAGCUGGGCUGCGCUCAGGCCCGACGCUAGAGCCCCCUCCGGAUCGGGCAGGAGGGGGUUAAGGUGGCGCUGGCUGCCGCGGCCAGCUGGUGGGUCUGAUCCACUCGCUCCGAGCCGAGCGCGGAGCGCGCCCGGCGGAGUCCCGGCCGGAGCCCGGGGCGAUGGGGAGAGGCCCCGGACCCCUCCCCGCCCUGGGGCCGGCAGGAUUGGGCCGGCAGGGGGCCAGCCCGGAAGCCGGCUUCCUCCAGGCUCCCCCCUCUCGCUGCUGCCAAGCCGCCUCGAAGCCAGGCUGACUGAGCCUUGGUUCUGUGCUCACUGCCGAGGAGACGACGUGAGGGAUUUUGUCUUGGGGAGAAAUCGGUGGUCGAGCGCCUGCCCAGUUCAAAUGCCACCGCGCCCGGAGGGAGGCCUGCAGUUUAGGGAUCCCUGAGGGAGAGCAACGUCACACCUCCUGAGGACAGCCAGGAGGACUCUGGCUUUUGCUGAGCAUUGCAUCUUGCCUCCUUCCUUUCAAAGGCUCCAGACCCAAUCUCGGCUGUCCUCGAGUCCUGCGUGCCCUUGACCAGGCAUCCCACUGCCCCUCCAGCCCAGCCCAGCCCUGGAGCUCACCUCCAGGACCUGGAGCCUACCCUCCUGCCCAGAAUGACUCACCAUUAUUUCUAGCUCAAGUGAGAAGACGUGAUGGGGAAUCAGACUGCCUGUUUGUGUAUCUAGGAUUCCUGCAGCAUCAGAUCAGUUCUGCAAGGAAGAGAGCUGCAGAUUCCUGCCUUGUCAGCCAAGCGGGGCUAUCUCUCUGGCUCUCAGAGAGACCUGGGGGCUCCCCUGCAGGAGUGCAGGCCGAUGCUGCUGUGUUUCCUGGGGCCGUAAGCAGCGCCCUGAGCUCCCUGCCGCCAGGCAGCUAGAAGGCGUAGCGAGAGGCGCUUCUCUUGGUUCCAAUUAUGACAGUGGCCACCGGAGACCCAGUGGAUGAGGCCGCUGCCCUCCCUGGGCACCCGCAGGACACCUAUGACCCAGAAGCAGACCACGAAUGCUGUGAGAGGGUGGUGAUCAACAUCUCAGGGCUGCGGUUUGAAACCCAGCUAAAGACCUUAGCCCAGUUUCCAGAGACCCUCUUAGGGGACCCAAAGAAGCGGAUGAGAUACUUUGACCCUCUCCGGAAUGAGUACUUUUUCGAUCGGAACCGCCCAAGCUUUGAUGCCAUUUUGUACUACUACCAGUCUGGGGGCCGGUUGAGGCGACCCGUGAAUGUGCCCUUAGAUAUAUUCUCCGAAGAAAUUCGGUUUUAUGAGCUAGGAGAAGAAGCAAUGGAGAUGUUUCGGGAAGAUGAAGGCUACAUCAAAGAGGAAGAGCGUCCUCUACCCGAAAAUGAAUUUCAGAGACAGGUGUGGCUUCUCUUUGAAUACCCAGAGAGCUCAGGGCCUGCCAGGAUUAUAGCUAUUGUAUCUGUCAUGGUGAUCUUGAUCUCAAUCGUCAGCUUCUGCCUGGAGACAUUGCCCAUAUUCCGGGAUGAGAAUGAAGACAUACAUGGCAGUGGAGUGACCUUCCAUACCUAUUCCAAUAGCACCAUCGGGUACCAGCAGUCCACUUCCUUCACCGACCCUUUCUUCAUUGUAGAGACCCUCUGCAUCAUCUGGUUCUCCUUUGAGUUCUUGGUGAGGUUCUUUGCCUGUCCCAGCAAAGCCGGCUUCUUCACCAACAUCAUGAACAUCAUUGACAUUGUAGCCAUCAUCCCCUACUUCAUCACCCUGGGAACAGAGCUGGCUGAGAAGCCAGAAGAUGCUCAGCAGGGCCAGCAGGCCAUGUCACUGGCCAUCCUUCGAGUCAUCCGGUUGGUAAGAGUCUUUAGGAUUUUCAAGUUGUCCAGACACUCCAAAGGUCUUCAGAUUCUAGGUCAGACCCUCAAAGCCAGCAUGAGAGAAUUAGGCCUCCUGAUAUUCUUCCUCUUCAUCGGGGUCAUCCUCUUCUCUAGUGCUGUCUAUUUUGCAGAGGCCGAUGAGCGAGAGUCCCAAUUCCCGAGCAUCCCGGAUGCCUUCUGGUGGGCAGUCGUCUCCAUGACAACUGUAGGCUAUGGAGACAUGGUUCCAACUACUAUUGGGGGAAAGAUCGUGGGUUCCCUAUGUGCAAUUGCAGGUGUGUUAACCAUUGCCUUACCUGUCCCCGUCAUAGUGUCCAAUUUCAACUACUUCUACCACCGGGAGACAGAGGGAGAGGAACAGGCCCAGUACUUGCAAGUGACGAGCUGUCCAAAGAUCCCAUCCUCCCCUGACCUAAAGAAAAGUAGAAGUGCCUCUACCAUUAGUAAGUCUGACUACAUGGAGAUCCAGGAGGGGGUAAACAACAGUAACGAGGACUUUAGAGAGGAAAACUUGAAAACAGCCAACUGCACUUUGGCUAAUACAAACUAUGUGAAUAUUACCAAAAUGUUAACUGAUGUCUGAUUGAACCCUAUUCACAUACUCACAGCUCAAUGGAACUAAUGCAGAUAUUGCAUAAUAGCCUGCAUUGUAGUCAGUGUGUUCUACAGUGUGUUUCUGGUUCUGCAUGGAAAGCAAUAGUCGUGCAAGUGACUUUUGAUCUUUUGAUUUUUGAUUUAGAACACAGAAUAUGUAUCCAUGGCUUUCAUGCAAAUCUUCCUCACCGGCUUAGGGGUUUCCAAAGAUGGGAGUCACCUAUGGAAGCCAGGAUUUCAGAAGGACACAUUGAGGCCACCUCAUAGCAAAUACAGAACCUACCACAUCAGUGUCACCUUUUCUUCCUAAUGAAAUGCACAUGGCAUCUCGGAGAUGCAAUUCCCCCCCACACCCCACUUGAGCCUACCUCCCCCUUCACAGAGGAAAACCACGGUAGCUUAGCUUUAAAGUUCUGGUAAUUAUUCGAAAGGUCUUUCCCAUUUUUGCAUCGAAAAGAACACACAGUGCUGUGUGUUGGAAUUACUUUCUGUGUCACAGGCUGGGGGGUUGUGAAAUGCAGUUGCCAAGCAGACGCUCCGGAGGCUUGUGUUUCAUAACGGAAAA